AUGGGGGUCGAUUCGUUGUUCGUGCUGAACAACCGCACGGAGUCCUUGGUCGCGGUGAAGCACUGGGGGGCGAUCACGUCGAGCGAAAUCUGCGAACGCGUCUUCGAGGCGCGAAGAGACAGCGCGCGGAACGGCGUCGAGGGCGAUGCGUGCGUGGCGGAUCAGGAUUCGUAUGGGUUUCACAUCUCCCGAGGGGAGAUCACGUACGCGGCGACGUGCUCGAGGGAGACGUCGCCGUUGCUCAUGAUUGAGUUUUUGUCGCAGUUGUACGACGUCUUGCGCGCGUACUUCGGCGACUCGGUCACCGAGGCGGUGCUGCAGGAGCAUCACGUGACGCUGUAUCAGCUGUUGGAUGAAAUGGUGGAUAGUGGAGUGCCGGUGAAUAUGCACGCGGGUGGGCUAAAGGUGCUGGUGCCGCCGCCGAAUCUGUACAAUCGAGUGACGUCGACGGUGAUGGGGAACCAGGGCAUCAUCGUGAGCGAUCAAGAUCCUCUCAAGCUGCUGCCCCUGCCGUGGAGAUCGAAUAAUAUCAAGUACGCGAGCAACGAGAUCUAUCUGGAUCUCAUCGAGUCCAUCGAUGCGACGAUCGACGCGGAGGGUAAGGUGUUGUCGUCGGCGGUGUACGGCUCAAUCGAGGUGAACUCUCGUCUGAGCGGCAUGCCAGAUAUCAACCUCACGCUGAGCAACUCGCACUUGAUCGAUGAAUACAACUUUCAUCCGAGUGUACGUCUGUCUCGUUUCGCUAGCGAUCGCGUGGUCUCUUUCGUCCCUGCAGACGGUAAGAGUGUGUUGAUGUCUUACAAGGUGCGUCCGCCGUCAAGCAAGCAAGAUCCGAAUCAGUGGCAACCUCGGUACAUCAAGGCGAAUCCGUGGCUCAAGACGGCGAACUCCGAUAACCCGAGCUCGGUACCUCUACCAUUGUACAUUCGUCCGCAGAGCGCGUUCGGGGCGUCGCACGGUAGGGUGAGCGUCGUCGUCGGCUCCAAGCCGGCGUUUGAGAAACCCGUCGAAUCCGUGUCGCUGGAUGUUCGUCUUCCCUCGCGAGUGUUGAGCGCGGACCCAUCGGCAACGCACGGCGAGGCGACAUUCGACGUCGCGAGCAACACGGUUCGCUGGUCGAUCCCGAAGUUCCCCCCGGAUAAGACUCCGUGCCUCUCCGUGCAGGUGAACAUGCGAGACGAGGAAGAGGAGGCGACGCCGUCCGCCGGUUCAAAAUCCGACGGCGCGUCCAGGCGUGUGCACUUACAAGAAGUGGUCGACAUCACCGCUUCCUUCAAGGUUCCGGGGGCUGGCGUGAGCGGGAUCAAGGUAGAGACGCUCCAGGUGCGCAACGAAAAGUACAAACCGACCCAAGGCGUUCGAUACCACACGAAAUCGGGCGCCGUCGUCGUGCGCACCUAG